CAUUCCACGUUCCCCGGUCGCCAGGCCAACGGAAGUUACCGACGGUCCCCCGAAACUGUGAGAGGUCCCACUUUUGUGACCGUUCAUACCAAAGGAGGUGUUAAUCCCGAAAGCACACACACACACUGAUACACAGAUACACAAACGCGCGCCCGCGCUUUCGUCCGUUCACUCUCACUCUCUCUCACUCUCUCUGUGCUCGUCCCUCUCGAGUCUUGGGCGACGGUUCCUAAGGUUUCGGGUGAAGGAAGGAGACAAAAGGGCUUCUCGACUUCGUCAUGAGUGAAGACGGCUGGGUGUUCGACAGCCUCGUCGGGUUCCUCAGGGGUCCCGUGUGGAAUGUGCCCAUUCUGACCUUCAUAGAACACAAGUCUUUGAUUUUCGAACCAGGCUGCGAGGAUGACACGGAACACAAGGCGAUCCACGAGGAGUACAAGAACCUCGUGGACUUCAUGCUGGGGUCCUACAUGGAAGACAUAGGAAUCACCCCUGAACAGUUCGAGGCCGCCUGUGGGGAGGCCUCUACGAAGACGACUUUCCAUCAGACACUCUUCGAGCAAGUCUGGGCAGCAGACGACUUCGAGAUCUUCAAGAGAAUGAUGAUACAGAAGAACCUGGAACUCCAGCUCCAGGCUCUGGAACUCCUGCAGCAGAAGCAUGGAAUCAUCCCCGAGAGCUGCAUUCCAGGCGACAGCAUGACUCCGGAAGAACAGGCUGUCAUGGAGGAGAUUAUCAAGAAGUCCCUGGAAGAACACGAGGCACUGCAGGCCACCCUGGAUGCCGAGACCCGCGACCUGGAAAAAGCCCUGGCUGAGUCGACGGAAGAGAAAGAGCGCCUGGAACUGGAGAGGAACAGGGAGAGGGAGAUGCUGGAGAAGGCCCUGAAGAUGUCGCUGAGCGACGACCAGCCCGAAGAAGAGCAGGAGGAGCCUGAGCCUUUGCCGCCAAGGAGUAACGAGAUUGACCCAGAGGAACUCAGACGAAGGCAGGAGUACCUGAAAGAGCAGAGGGACAAACUGCUCGCUAUGAAGAGGCAGGAGAGAGAGAAACAGCUGGCGGCUUACGAGGGCUCAGAGACUCAGAAGAGACCCAAGUCUUCAAGGGCGGCUCGCAGGGUUCUGGCCGGCUCCGCUAUCGACCCCCACACCCUGCAGGUGAGAAAGGCCCUCGCCGAGAGGCUCAAGGCUGAGGUGAUCGGGGAACAGUAAAGAUAGAAAGAGAAUUCCAGUAUAGUUGUCGCCAUUUAAUUAAAUGAGUCUUGUGUUCGUUUCCAUCCCAAAGCACUUGCCCCUGAUAGACCUGGACUCCAAAAACCUGCAGCUGAGGAGGGCCCUUGCAGAAAGACUCAAAGUCGAGGUCAUCGGACACCACCAGGAGAAAUAGAAAGAAGUAGAGAGAAGAAGAACGGGAGGGAAAAGUAUAUGAGAAUGUUCUUUUUUGUUUUUGGCGCGAAGGCUCCGCUAGACCUAUAAGUCAACUCGUCCCAACUCCUGUAGCUUUUUUUAACAAAAUUGCUUUAUAUUUCGCAAAUGGAAACGAACACCACGAUCAUGAGCGUGGGUAUCAAAACAACUUUAUUAGAUGCUGUCUUUAGGGUUUAUACAUGAAAUAGGAUUAAUGUACAUCAAAUAGGAUUAAUAUUAAAUGUCCAAAAAUAAAUCAACCGACACUGAUGAAACUGUGAUUGCUAAGGAUGGCUUUCUUGUAAGCACCUUUUCUCUGUGAACCUUUCUCAACCUGUGUAAGUCUACUUCUCAGUGAAGUCCCUCGGGGACUUCACAAGUCUAAUCUGCUAAAUAAGACUUCAUUCUUCCAUUUUACUUUCGUUUCUGUAAUGUUUUUACAAUAUGAACGGGGAUUCGUAUCUUUAGAUCCAACUUGUUCGUAUGAGCUCUAGAGGUUGUGUGAAUUUCGUCAAAGUAAAACUCGCAAAUUGGAUGUGGUUUGCACUCUGCCACGAUGCUUUGUGUAAUGCAGCCCUCUGUCAUAUGUCUCUUCUAUGUCCUUUUUAUCAAUAUCAAAAUGAAUUUUCGACAUAAGACGCAUGAACGACACUGAAAUCUCCAUUUAUUAAACUGUGGUGCCUUCUGCAAUAGUCAGUGAAACCAUUGAUGUAGUCUUUACUUUAGUACGAGUUUUAGACGUUUACAAGCUGAAAUCUGUGUGAUAUUUGGUGUUAAGUGGCUUGGCUAUUACUUAUAAAAGUAGUCAUUUCAUUUUUGUAUUAUCAAAAACAAGAUUCAUUGUUGUAUUCUCUAAUUUUUGUUGUUUGUAAGGUUUACUUAGCGUAAUGUUACCUCAAGCCUAGAUCGAUGUAUCUCUAGAUACAAAUGUAGAUGUUUUUCUUCUUCUGUUUUUCUCAAAACGUCAUUUGUUGGUUUAAUGAAUCUAUAAAUUUGUUCUUAAUGUUAAAAUCUCAUUCAUAACUAUAAAAAAUAACUAAUUUUUUCCUGAAGUUUUUCACGAGGUUUGGUUUGCAAAACAAAUGCCUUAUACUAUUGUCUACUGACGUUUUAAAACAAUUUAUUUAUUUAAGUAUACUUCAAAGUUACUAUUAAUACAGAACACUCUAUAUAAAGUUUUGAUACAUGUUGUAAGCACAGAAUUACAUGAAACGUUCAGGAUGUCUGCAACUGGCGUGCGAGGGAAAAUGAGAGACUCAAAUAACGAAUAAAUGUAAUGUAUUUUUGUGAACAGGCAAGAGAACCAUCUUUUAAAGUAUUAAGUUGUAACAGCAACUGUUUUGCGUUGCCAUUUGUUGCCUAAAGGACGCGCUUUGGAAAGGUUCGUUGUAAAGUAUUAAGCUUUAACAGUAACUGUUUUGCGUUGCCAUUUGUUGCCUAAAGAACGCCAAUUGAAAGGGAAGGUUCAUUGUAAAGUAUUAAGCUGUAACGGUAACCGUUUUGCGUUGCUAUUUGCUGUCUAAAGAACGCUCUAUGAAAGGCUCACUGUACCAUGUAUGCCUAAACCAAAAUCUCUAGUACCAUAAUUAUUCAGUUUUCUAAUCAAAACAGAUUUCAUUGUACCGUGUACCGGAAGAAAUCUCUAGUUCCAUAAUUCAAAUUGUGAAUUAAAAGGGCCUCUCCUUUUUUUUUAGGCAGAAUAUUUUUCUUCUUCUGUCAAUUAGGACAGACCUGAACGUUUCCCUGUCUACUGUCUGUGUACCGUCUCUCACGAUCACAAUAAAAUCACUGAAUAUUG